UGUCCAAUGAGAUGUGGGGGGCGGUGUUUGUCCCUGCUCCCGAUAAUCCGGUGUCGGUAUUGGGAUCUAUGAACAUUAAGUGAGCGGCUGGAAUUCCGGAGGGAGCAGAGGGUAUUCCAGGUAUUAAGCUGUAGCCGUGCCAACAUCUCCAGUUCCAUAAACACUUUCCAUUUGGAUUGAGACACCUGCAAUCAUGAGUGUUGGCUUUAUCGGGGCUGGCCAGCUGACCUAUGCCCUCGUAAGGGGCUUCACUGUGGCAGGAGUGUUAGCUGCUCACAAGAUUACAGCGAGCUCUCCUGAUACCGACCUUCCAACCGUGUCUGGAUUAAGGAAGAUUGGAAUAAACUUCACCACCAGCAACAAGGAUACAGUGAAGAAUAGUGACGUGCUCUUCCUGGCUGUCAAACCUCACAUCAUCCCCUUCGUGCUGGAUGAAAUUGGCUCUGAUAUUGAGGACCGUCACGUGGUUGUGUCCUGUGCUGCUGGCGUAACCAUAAGCUCUAUUGAGAAGAAGCUCAGUUUCUUCAACCCAGCUCCAAAAGUGAUCCGGUGUAUGACGAAUACUCCUGUUAUUGUGAGAGAGGGGGCCACAGUUUAUGCCACAGGAACCCAUGCCGAGGUGGAGGAUGGGAAGUUGUUGGAGCAGUUGAUGGGGAGCGUUGGGUUUUGCACGGAGGUCGAAGAAGAUCUGAUUGAUGCCGUUACUGGACUUAGUGGAAGUGGUCCUGCUUACGCCUUCACAGCCCUGGAUGCUCUUGCAGAUGGUGGGGUUAAGAUGGGUCUUCCUAGACGGCUUGCGGUUCGUCUUGGUGCUCAGGCAAUGCUGGGUGCUGCAAAAAUGCUUCUGGAGUCAGAGGAACACCCGGGACAGCUGAAGGACAAUGUGUGCUCUCCUGGUGGAGCCACCAUCCAUGCUCUGCACUUUUUAGAGAGUGGAGGAUUCCGCUCACUUCUUAUCAAUGCUGUAGAAGCCUCUUGUAUAAGGACAAGGGAGCUCCAGUAUAUGGCUGACCAAGAGAAGAUCCCUGCGGGUUCAAUUAAGAAGACCACAUUAAGCAAAGUGCAGCAGGAGUCCCCCUCUGUCUCAACUGCAGCCCAGGGAGCUAAAGUCAGUCUGUUUAACAACAAGUACCCCAGUGGGUUAAAAAAGUUUUGAGAAAACACUGGUCUAUCUCUGUAACCGCAGAUCUGACAACAUAGCGCCUUAGGAGGCCGGCCACAUUUAGGUAGCGUUGUAGCGUGUAUGUGUGUUUGGAUAGGGCGUCUGGCAGACAGCAUGUGAUUUUAUUUGGUUCAUUUUUUUUUUUUUUUUUUUUUUUACAAAAAUGCAUUUUAGAAUCCUUUAACCACCAGUCUAC